AUGAAUUUUUAGUUAUAAAAAAAAUAAUCCUUUUUAUAUAUUAUUCAGUAUUAUUUACAAUAAUAAAAAGUGUACAUAUGCGUUUAGAGUUUUGGUAUAUGGAAUAGAAAAAUAAGUGUCGUUUUAGAUAGAAAUAAGGAAAGAAAUUUGAAUAAUCGCUAGGAAAUAAUUUGAUAAUGCGGAUAGAAUGUAUUGUAAUAAGAACGGCAAUCAAUGAAGGUCCCAACGUCAGGAAACUCAAACAUGGACAAUAAAUUGAAGUUUUCAGAUCGUUUAAAGGCUUUAUUGAAAACGGAAGCGCACCAGGAUGUUGAUCCGUAUAUUUUUAGUGAACCGGAACCAUUUGGUAGCGCAGCAUCUGGAAGAAAUUGUACAGUAGUUACUAAUAAAAGUUCUCAAGUGAUGCAAAAUUGUAAAAAGAGUAAAGGAAAAUGUGUAAAAGAGAGGACAAAAUUAACGGCCAUACCAAGUGCAGGAUAUAGAACUGUUGCAGAUAGAAGGACAGAUUUGAACGUUGAUUAUGGUAUUGGCAGAAGCAUAGAUCAAAAAUAUUCUAAUAUAGUUGAAAGUAAACGACGGCAUAUAGAAAUUUUGCAACGACUGAGGUCAAGGAGAUCAAAUCGGGACCAUACGUUGUUGUAUUAUCCUAAAGCGGGUGAAGAAAUAUCAGAUAGCGAAUCGAGUGGUGACGAAAUGACGGUUUAUCAACGCCAUUGGUUUCCAGGAGACACUAAUACAGAAUUAAAUCGUUCAGCAAGAUUAUCCCAAUUAAGAUCUCAGUUAAGACGACGUUUGAUACAGUUAAAAAGAAGUGACGCUGACUCUGAAAUAAUAUUACGUGAACGUGCAAAGUGUUUAUUGGAAGCUGCUUACAAAGAUCCAACAUCCACAGCUAAAGCUUUGGGUGAUUUGCCGGGAACUAGCAAAAUAAUAGAUGGACCACUUUUGGUUGGUGGACAAUGUGGUGCUGAAGGAUGUCAACAAAUAUCUUUACCAUGCACUCGUCAUUGUUCUCGGCACAUUAUGUUAAAUGGAGAUCAACUUUUGUUUGAACAUUGCACUGCCAAAUUUAGUGACAACACACAGUGUUGCAUUCCUGUGUUUGAUGUAGCACAUGAAUUACCGCUUUGUCCUGAACACGCCAGAAAGAGGGAUAAUUAUAAUCGUAAGGCUCAAGAAUCCAAACCAAAGAAAGCAAGGAAAAAGCCAGCAUCUCCUACAAUUCCAAGGCCUAAGCCUAAAUCAAGGCCAAAGAAGAAGAGGCGACCUCCCGCUAAUAAAUUAGAGACCAAAGGUACAUUAGCGCACGAAGAGAAUCAUUACCUGAGCCAAAUGAACUCUAGUGAAAGUCACAUCAAGACGUUGAAUAAUAUGAGCGUUACUCAAGGAAGUUCUAACUCUUCUAACUUAAACUUAGGAUUGGGUUUGAGUUCUCUCGGAUUAGGAGGAGGUCUGAAAGUCGAUAUAAGCGAUCACGAAGUAUUUGCUUCUCUUGAUCCAUCUGAACACGACUUUGGAAAUGUACUCAACACUUUACCUCCAGAUGCGUUUAAUGAUUUAUUUAUUGAAAGUAGAAAUGGUGAAUAUGAACCAUCAAGAGAGGAGGAAGAAGAAUUGGAAAGAGCGUUAGAAGCGGUUGACAAAGAUGUUCGUAAUUUAGAAAGAAUGGGACAAACACAUGGACUUUUAGAGCCAGCUUUACUAGCCCAACUUAUGUCAGACAUAGCUUCGUAGCCCCAACUACAUUAACAUUAUAACAAUAAUCAGAAAAAUUCGCGUAUGUUCCUUAUGAUGUUGAGAAAGAGAACGAAAACAAGAAUGAGAAUCAGAACGAGAAAGAGAAAGAAAAAGAGAACAAAAUUAAGAAAACAAAGAAAAGAAAGAUACUUUUCUUAUGGUGUCUGUUGCUGCUGCUGCUACUGUUGGCUGCCGCUGUUAUACAUGUUAACUCGUGACUUUCACUGACUUCUUAUCGUAUACAGUUGCACAUGUUUACAAGACAUUGGCAGGGAUCCGAUUAUACAUAAUAUAGAAUGUGAAAGAAGAGAAACGAAAAAAAAAAAAUAGUUAAAAAACUUUUACCAAUUUAGAAUGAUGAUGGACAUUAUUAGGUAACACAUGGCUAGAUUUAAAUGUCAUGUACGACGUAUAUACGUGCUUGUAAAUGUUUAAGGAAUUCCAUUAUUAUUUUCUUUUCUUCUCUUUUUUUUUUUUUUUUUAAUUAAAUAUAUAAUUAAGAAUCGUUCAUAGUAUUCAAUAGUUGUAACAUAUAUUUAUGCAGCUUGCUAUGAACGUAACACGAAAUACUAAAUUCUUUUGUUUUUAUUUUCCUUUUUUUUUUUCUAUUUAAAUCAACGAACAUUUAAUUUUGUGCUAAGAAAAAUGACUGUAGUGUAAUUCAAUGAAAUAUUUCGUUGAAAUUGAAGUUUUUCAUUUAAAAAUACUUAUGAAGAGAUAAUGCAACAAACGAAAUAUUACACUUUAAUAAUUGACACUAUCAGCAAUCAGGAUAUUCAAUAUUAUUCUAAAUAAUGCAAACGAUAAAAAAAAA